AUGGACGGUGUCCAGCCGCAACGCAUUGGCCGCCGACCGGCGUUUGUCUUCUCGUCGUGCAGUCGUCCAGCAUGUCCGAGUCCCGUCGCCCAGUUUCGCCUCGUCCGACGGCCCGACUCUGGCUUGCCGUGCAACAUUGCUGCUGCUGCUACUACUACUACUACUACUACUACAGCCACCAUCACUAUUGCUAUUUUUAUUUUUUUUUAA